AUGCCCUACCUGUCAAGCCCUAACUGGCCCAAAACGGCCAGUCUGCGCGCUCGGGCCAAAGCGGCUUCAAACUCGCCCAACCUCAAACCUCCAAACUCCCUCUUUCCUGCCCCAAACGCCCGCGUCAUUCACCCCAUCUCCUCCAGGACAAUGUUCCUCCAACGUACAGCCUCCGCCCUUGCGAGGCGCUCGCCUGCCCGCGCUUUCACCCUCGCCCAGCGCCCUUUCUCUUCCUCCAUCGUUCGCUCCAACGAGAAGAAGUGGGCCACUAAGCAGGAGGGCAAGAUCCUGACCUUCGACGAGAUCAAGGUCGAGGAUGACCUUCUUCCCCCCGGUGCCAAGUCCGGUACCAUUCCUACCGACCUUGACCAGGCCACCGGUCUCGAGCGUCUGGAGCUCAUCGGAAAGAUGCAGGGCAUUGACAUUUUCGACAUGCGUCCUCUCGAUGCUUCCCGCAAGGGCACACUCGAGGACCCCAUCAUCGUCCCCGGUGCCGGUGAUGAGCAGUACGCCGGUUGCACCGGUUUCCCCGUCGACUCCCACCAGGUCAACUGGCUGACCGUCUCCCGUGAGCGUCCCAUUGAGCGCUGCUUGGAGUGCGGCAACGUUGUCAAGCUGAACUACGUUGGACCCGAGGAGGACCCCCACUCCCACGACCACGACCACGGUCACCACCACCCCCCUCACGUCGAGCCCAAGACCUUUGCCGACUACGUCAAGCCUGAAUACUGGUACCGGUAA